AUGGCCUUGCCCGUCCUGCAGCAGAACGCUCUCCUCGGCACCCCAGACACAGGCCAGCGAGAAUUGCUAGUACAAGCGCGGAGGACCCAGAAUGUGAAACGUCGCGCUGGAGAAUCCGCACAACGACCUACUGCUCCCCGUCGACAGUCUUUAAGGCGUGUCAAGGACUCCAAGGAAGAGCUGCGCACGAGAACCCGCACGCGAGGCCUUAGUAGUGCGACGGUCGAAUCGUCGACUACCAGCACCACAACACCCUCGGGCGGCCGCUCCUUCACCGUGGCCAACAUCAACCACGGCAUCAUCUACCUCAGGCCUGUAGUGCGCUCUGGCAACCAGCGCAGUCGUCCCUCACCCGAUCCCUUCGUCUUCCCGCCCCAGACUCCGCCCGACAGCGCAACCCUCGACUCAAACGCUCUGCGGCCCCCGAGCAAUGACUGGGAACAGAGCCUCUACAGCUCGCGCACUCCAACCCGCAAGGAGCCCGCUCCCCCCCCGCCACCUCGAGAUGUGAAGACGGACGAGGAUUCCAAGCAACGGCCCACCCAGCAUACAACCCCUCCUCGCCCAAUUGCCCACGUGCGCUCGCGAUCUUUCUCAACGGCCGACGAGCACACAGUCGCAUCGCAAAGCACCGAGCCUGGGACCUUCAAGGUGGUGAUUGAGAGACCAGCAUUUCGGCGUCCCAAGACCGCAGACACGGGCUCGCUCCCCGUUCUCCAGGUUCCGAUUCCCCAUUAUCGGCUCGGCACUCCUCGUUUCAGUGCACGAGGCACCGCAAUCCUCCGGAGUUCAGUGUACACGCGUGCAUCGGGCACGGAAGAUCUCAGGUCCUCCGUCUUCACACCACAGCGCGCUACGCACUCGUUCCUCUCGUCACGGCCGCGUUCCGAAGUGUACUCACCCGCCUUGCUCAACUACCGAACAACUAUGGACCGCAUGCCCUUGCAGCCGUCUACAACCCCUUCCUCGGCACGUGUCUCUAAAGUCCCGAUCGGACCUCAGCUGUACGAUGCUCUCACAGUGAAUCCAGAUGAUCAUGCUGUCGUCCGAUUCUCGGCCUCGGGAGACAUCCUAGCAGCUACUCCCUCUCGUCUUGUGGCCCAUAUAACAUCUCCCAGUUUUCUAGACUACGAGCUGCUCUCAGACUUUUUUCUCACCUUCCGCUCAUUUCUCUCCAGUCGUGAUCUGGUGGCAUAUCUGAUUUCACGUCUACGGUGGGCAGUGGACAGGCAAGACGACUUUGGUCGAAUCGUGCGCGUGCGGACUUUCGUUGCGCUCCGACACUGGAUACUAAAUUAUUUCGUAGAUGACUUCGUCCCAGUCUACCAGUUGCGGACCUACUUCUGCGAAUUAGUCAAUGGUCUCUACCAGGAUUUGAGAGCCCGCGCGGACGGUGGCGGGGGCGACAUCAAGAUUGUUGGCGAGCUCAAGAAAUGCUGGAGACGGACAUGCGCGUUGUACUGGGACCACGAUGACGUAGUUGGUAAAGAUUUGGCGGAUGAUGACCUCCUUGCAGGAGGUCAGGCUAGUUCACAGGCCUCGUUUGAAGAGAUUAUCCCUCCAAUACCCUCCACCCCACCACAAAAAACUACCCGCAGCGCCAAAGUCGAAACCAUCGGAUCGAAUCCCAGCGAUCAAUUUGCCAGCAAGCACAUGGACUGGGCCCAGAGGGCUCGCCAUACUCCUCAAAACUCUUUUAGCUCCCCUUACAUUCCAUCCUCGCAUUAUGAAGGGGCUCCAGUUCCCCAUUCCCCAGCGAGCGAACAGAGUAUGCAAGUCCUGUCAUGUUCUAUUCCAAUGCGAGGUCUGAACAGAACAGAAGCAGCGAAUGAUGUGCCACUAUAUCCUCAUCCGGUGCCUCAUCCGGUCCCCCAUCCCGUUCCUGCUCGGUUAGCGACAAGUCCACAGUAUUCGGUGUCUAUUAAGAGACCAAACAAUAGGCCCUCUCACGCUCAUAAGCGGAGUGGCAGUUUCUCAGACGCGUUAAGGGACCACAGAGCGCCUUUAUCCAUCCCUAAGAGUGCUGCUCCAGAUGCUGCAAUCUCCGCCGUGUCGAAGAUGCCUGGUACUCUUGUGCGUGGUGGAUUAUUCCAACCCGGGUCACCCUAUAUCGAUGUCAAGAAUGGCGGCCUGCGUCACACUCGAUCUCAUCUGGAGCUUGAACCUGUGGAUGCUUCAGCGGGCGAUGUGCAUGCACGCCCUGGUCAUGCAACUAAUCCUGGCAUGAAGAAACUAUUUGGAAGUGUUCGUCGUGCAUUAAGCAGUAAACAACCUUCGGCUUCGACACCACACCUCCCAAGCUUAGUCCACCAAUCACAUCCUACUCCGUCUACCCGAUCAUCUAAUCCAGCUAUUUCGACGGCAUCAGGGGGUGUUCACAAACGUCGGUAUGCCCGGCCUCGCCCCCAGGUCCGUAUUGACAUUCUAGCAUCCAAGGUUGCGGAGAGUUUUAAAGAGGCAGUAAAAGAGGAAAUGAAGAAUGAGAAUCCACAUGGAAGUGCGCCUGGUCUGAGUGGGUUUGAAUUCGAAUUUGAGAAGCGAGACACAACAACUACCGAGGAGCAAUUGAAAGCGCCAGAUCUCAAAGAUCCUCGAAUAUACAGCAACGUUACCACUGGCAGCCGUUCGAUCUUGAUAGUUGAUGAUACAGGUGCCCCACCAAUUCCCUUGAUGUCAGGUGCUCUGCCCAGCCUAGAGACUAAAGGCGAUCUUUCAAAAUCCCAAGACUCUUUACCAGUUCAGCGCAAUGCGUCAAUUGACGAACGGCUAGCUGAAUCAAAUUACCCUAGGACUCGACAUUCAGACCUAUAUAAAGACCCAGAGUCUGAGCCUGAACCUGAACCUGAGUCCAAGCCCUCGGCAGAAUGGCGGCGAACUUCGCGUGACUCGAUCCCGCGUACCGUUGUCACUCGAAGGAGGUCCCUGUCUGAAGGUCGAGAGCAAAUGCAUUCAUUCCGAUGGCGAGGGUCGACGAAAAUUUCCAUGGCCCGCUCAGGAUCUUUGAGGAGGCACGCAUCCUACAAUAGUGGGUUGACAAGAUACGGGCGAGCAGGAAGCGUUGCAACAAGUGUACAAACCAUGUCAUCGGACAACGAUCCAUUUUUCCUCGACCGUCAUCCCCCUGGCCCAGCCGGCCCAUCCCGCCAACUGCGACGCCGCCCAGGAGGUGACCUCCGCGCUGUGGAUAAUGUGCAUGACCUUGAGCAUAUGCAACGCCCUCACUCAACUGGCUCAAUGUCGAAUCGCACCCACUCAAUCGCCAAUUCCGUUAUUCUACAUUCUGAUCGUUACAUCCAGCCAACUAGUGAACCCGAGAAACGUACCGAUACUCAGGAAAAUGGGGAGACAAAGAAGAAGCACAUUUCUCUGGUGGCCACUCAUUCAUCCCAACCAAACCUAAGGCCCUCUUUCGAGGCGGAAGUGGCCAAGCUUGCUGCCUUACCUGAUGAUAUUGAUGAUGACGGCGGGAUUGAAUCUGCUUUGAUGAAAUUAGAGGGAAGAUACGAAAAGAAGAGCCCCGACCCCUCGCCGAGGAUAACCAUGGAACCUGAAGUUUACCGGCCAACCGGUACCCCAAUGGACUACUCUGGCGCUUCUUCCGUUCGAUCUAGAGAACGCUCUCCCCAUACUAUUGGUAAUUCACAGACCGACGACGUGCUUCAUCGACCGCUUGCUGUACCUGGAACGGAGGGUCAAGGCAUGUAUCGUCUCUCAGGAGAGAACUUCAAUCGCAGAGUUCCAGGAGUAACCUCAGCUGCAGAGUCUGAAGAUUCAUAUUCUUCAAUUCCUCUCCUUGACCGCGGGCUCAGUGACAUUACAACCUCGCAACGAUCCCAGGCUCAAGACUCUAUGCGGUCUUCGGCAAAACCCGCACCACUCAAAACUAAUAGCUCCCUAAGGCGGCCUCAAGAACAAAUUGUGCCUCCACUGCGAUCCCCAAACUCAUCCAUUGAAUAUGUUAUCGAGACGGACAGUAUGAAGAGGAUACCUCGUGACGGCACUCUUCCAAGAGCAUCUGUACCUAGAGAAUCGUUUUUGCUAGAUGAAGAUGAGGAUCUUAGCGACAUGACUGACGACAGUUCUGAGAUGGCGGCUCGAUCAGACAGCACAAGCCAUGGUGUAAGAAGCUUCUUCGAUGAUGAACCCGCCACCGUGGACAAUGACAAGGAAACCCUCCCAACACAUCCUAUGCGCCAUCCACCUACUCCCCCGCUUACAGCAAAUCGAUUGAACGAUGUGUAUCCUCUUGUUGAUACAACCUUUCAACGUGGACUUCCUACUCCCGGACUCUCACCAACCUCUAGAGUAACCAAUCAACCAUUCGGUCGUUCGAGCCAACCUCUAGAGCAGGCGAUCGAAUUGCAAGAGCUCAAGAAAGACAAUACACCGCCACCCCCUGCGCAUUUACCUUUCGUCUUAGCCUACGACUCCGAAACGCUUGCUCAACAGUUUACAAUUGUUGAAAAAGACGCUCUAGAUGAGAUUGAUUGGAAGGAGUUGAUCGAACUUCGAUGGAAGCAAUCCUCGCCGCAGAUUCGAGACUGGGUACAAUAUCUCAGGACCCAGGAAGCCAGAGGGGUUGAUGUUGUGAUAGCACGGUUCAAUCUCGUCGUUAAGUGGGCCGUUUCGGAGAUCGUUCUCACUGAAGCACUCGAGGAGAGGGCACGAUGCAUUGUGAAGUACAUUCACAUUGCAGCUCAUGCUCGUCGACUCAGGAAUUAUGCGACCAUGUAUCAGCUCACCAUCGCUCUUCUAUCGACCGAUGUCUCGCGACUAAAGGGGACAUGGGCUCUCAUUCCUGCCGUCGAGCAGCAGACCAUGAGGGAUCUUGAAGCCCUUGUCCAGCCGCUCCGCAAUUUCCACAAUUUGCGUGUCGAGAUGGAAACCGCCACGGUGGAAGAGGGUUGUAUCCCGUUUAUUGGCAUUUAUACCCGCGAUUUAAUUUACAAUGCUCAAAAACCUGGCUUCAUCGAUGCCGCUCCUGUUGACGGAGAACGACUUGUGAACUUUGAACGACAUCACACGGCCGCCAUGAUUGUAAAGAGUCUUUUGCGCCUGCUCGAGGCUAGCUCCAAAUACACCUUUAAAGCCGAACCAAACAUCAUCAGCAAAUGCCUAUGGAUGGCAGCGUUAGAUGACGAGGAGCUCACCACACUUAGUCGGAGGUAUGAGUAA